AUGAGGACCCCAGCCGUCCCCAUACGAGUUUUAACUCAUAACAUCCGACAUGGCGGCUCAGACCUUUUCAAAGGUGAGCUAUCCUGGGAUGAUCGCAAACAAUUGCUUUUAAAUGAAUUCAAACAUGAAACUCGAUACUGUGAUGAGUCAUUCAUCUGUUUACAAGAGGUUCUUCAUGACCAACUUGGUGAUGUGGUGAACGGGUUGAACCAGGAUAUAUAUCCCGGAGCACUGGAGUGGGCCUACAUAGGAGUUGGCAGAGAAAAUGGCCAAGAAGCUGGAGAAUAUUCCCCUAUUUUCUACCGAGCAUCAGUAUGGCAGCUAGCACAUUGGGAGACAGUAUGGCUGUCCGAAACGCCGAAUAUACCGUCGAAAAGCUGGGAUGCAGCCUCGGUUCGGAUCGUUACCAUUGGCGUUUUCCAGCAUCGUAAGAGCGGCAAUACGGUUCUUGCCAUGAACACCCAUCUUGAUGACCAGGGAUCUCGCUCCCGUCUCGAAGCUGCACGUAUAAUCCUAGGAAAGAUCCAUGAAUACAGCCAGCACGAAUUUUUCAACCUCAUCUCGGGCACCUUCUUGGCCGGUGACCUCAAUAGUGAGGAGAACCAGGAAGCUUACCAAGAGCUGACAACAACCUUGCUUGAUGCAUAUAAGCAAGUUCCAACCUCACAUCGCUUUGGUGACUAUAUUACAUGGACUGGUUUCGGAUACGAGGAUGAGCCCCGCUCACGCAUUGAUUAUGCGUUGGUACCUAAAGAGAGUCCGAAGCAAAGAUUGAAAGUCGUUGGAUAUGCUGUGCUACCAAACCAGUUUGAUAAUGGUGUUUUGAGCUCCGAUCAUCGUGCUGUUGUGGUGGACUUCAUAUUGUAA